ACUAAAAAGAGAGCAACAGAGGGCAUAAUAAGUAGCCACCAAAUCAACCAACAAGUGAAUCCAAUGCCUAAGUUGUAUUGAAUCAAAUACCUACCUACUACCUCAAUGAGUCAAAAGACAAAUCGGCUAAUUUUUAACUCUUGAGCCAUAAAUAAUUAGAUUUCUAUCCUAUCAUAUCAUAUCCCUAUUUGCGAUUGUAUUGAAGCAUGCACUUGUAUAAGAUCAGAGUGCCUUCAUUAGUAGCUGAAGCAUUGAGAAAGAGAGAAAAAUGGAAUGGCCUACUCUUCCUCUUGGCCUAGUUUCUUUUUGUUGGUUUCAUUUUUACUUGGCUUCUCAUUACAAAUUGGGUUAACAAUAUUUGUAGCAGGUCCCAAAAUGCUGGUUUUUGCACCUCAAUUUUGAGGCCUGACCAAAAUGCUAGGUUAACAAUAUUAGAACCUUUAAAUUUUAUGCAGUUAAAUAGUCUACUAAGAGCCUUUCAAUUUUUGAGCAGUUAGAUCCACUUUUGAUCUAGGUCUGUGGUACACAAUGUUAAAUACACACAUUUUAAAUCCACAUCCAUUCAAACAGAUCCUAAGAAUUUCAAUCUUUUUAUCUCUCUGCAAUUUUUGUAAUUUUUGAGCUGCAUGGCUAUUUGACACAAAAUAAAUAAUAAAUAAAUAAAAUUUAUACAUGUAUGACUACUACUCCUUGUGACAAUUUGGGAUAAAGUUGCUAAGCAUUGAUGAUUCAUCUUCAAUAUUAGAUGUUUUUGGUGGCAUCUCAAUCAACUUGAUUAAUGUGAAUUGUGUAAUGAGCCAAAGUGAUCGUGCCUCAAGGAAGAGAUGGCGAAAUUGGCGAUGAUGUAGAUCAGUUAGAGAUUGAUGAUGGAAGAGAUUGUAUUACCUUGUCAUAAUGUGGGAAAGUGGUGAAAUGUGUGCAAUGAAGGAGGUUACAUUAUUCUUGGAUGAUGCAAAGUCAAAGGAAAGUGCAAAGCAGCUGGGACAAGAAAUUGCUUUAUUGAGCCGGUUAAGGUAUCCUAAUAUUGUGCAGUAUAUUGGUAUGAAUGAGGAUAUUGAAGGAGCAAAUAUCCUUGUGGACCUAAAUGGCCAUAUCAAAUUGGCUGAUUUUGGAAUGACAAAGCAUGCAGCAAACAAGAAAUGAUUCAACAUUCAAACACAAGCCAUUUAAAUUUGGAUCUGGGCUUCAAGAGCCACACUGAAAACCAUGAAUCAGAUGUGGAAACAAGGAAGAGUUGGGUAGACCGAGAUUAGGUUGGUUUCGGACAUAGUUUGAUAUACUUCAACAUUAUCCCAGACACAGAAAAUAGAAGGAUGAAAGAAAUGACUUGUCUUUAAAUUGCUGAUUCUGAUAUUAUUGUUAUGCUUUUGAUUAUUUGAUUUUUUGCUGGAAAUAUCAAUGUCAAUGUCAAAUUGCUUUCUUUUGGAUGUUUGUGAUGAUAUAUUAGAAUAAUUGCUGAUAAUAAAUCAGUGGA